CAUUUCCGCCUAUAAAAGAGGCGGGGCGCGCGCGUCGCCGCCACUACCCGCUGCGGAGAGACCCGCCGGACCGGAGGCCGCGGAGCCGCUUCGCUCUCUCUGCACCCCCUCAGCACCCCUCAGCGCGGCGCGCCCACGCCCCUCACCCACCAGGACCCGAAAAUGGACCCAAGCGGGGUCAAAGUGCUGGAAACGGCCGAGGAUAUCCAGGAGCGGCGGCAGCAGGUCCUGGACCGGUACCACCGCUUCAAGGAGCUGUCCACCUUGCGACGUCAGAAGCUAGAAGAUUCCUACCGCUUCCAGUUCUUCCAGAGAGAUGCCGAGGAGCUUGAGAAGUGGAUCCAGGAGAAGCUUCAGAUUGCAUCUGAUGAGAACUACAAAGACCCUACCAACCUGCAGGGCAAGCUGCAGAAGCAUCAGGCCUUUGAGGCCGAAGUGCAAGCCAACUCCGGAGCCAUCGUGAAGCUGGACGAGACCGGGAACCUCAUGAUCUCAGAAGGGCACUUUGCAUCUGAAACCAUCCGGACGCGCCUGCUGGAGCUGCACCGCCAGUGGGACCUUCUCUUGGAGAAGAUGCGGGAAAAGGGGGUCAAGCUGCUGCAGGCCCAGAAGCUGGUGCAGUAUUUGCGCGAGUGUGAGGACGUGAUGGACUGGAUCAAUGACAAGGAGGCAAUUGUGACUUCCGAGGAGCUAGGCCAGGACCUGGAACACGUAGAAGUUCUACAGAAGAAAUUUGAAGAGUUUCAAACAGACAUGGCUGCUCAUGAAGAACGAGUUAAUGAAGUGAACCAGUUUGCCGCCAAGCUGAUUCAGGAACAGCACCCCGAGGAGGAGCUCAUCAGGACCAAGCAGGACGAGGUGAAUGCAGCCUGGCAGCGCCUGAAGGGCCUCGCUCUUCAGAGACAGGGCAAGCUGUUCGGGGCUGCUGAGGUCCAGCGCUUUAACAGGGAUGUGGACGAGACCAUCAGCUGGAUCAAGGAAAAGGAGCAGUUAAUGGCCUCUGACGACUUUGGGCGUGAUCUGGCAAGCGUGCAGGCUCUGCUUCGGAAGCACGAAGGGCUGGAGAGGGACUUGGCUGCCCUGGAGGACAAGGUCAAGGCCCUGUGUGCCGAGGCAGACCGCCUGCAGCAGUCCCACCCGCUGAGUGCCCCGCAGAUCCAGGUGAAGCGAGAGGAGCUGAUUACCAACUGGGAGCAGAUCCGCACUCUGGCCGCAGAGAGACACGCACGGCUCAACGACUCAUACAGGCUUCAGCGCUUCCUCGCUGACUUCCGUGACCUCACCAGCUGGGUGACCGAGAUGAAAGCCCUCAUCAAUGCCGAUGAACUCGCCAAUGAUGUGGCAGGAGCCGAAGCCCUUCUGGACAGGCACCAGGAGCACAAGGGUGAAAUUGAUGCUCAUGAAGACAGCUUUAAGUCCGCCGAUGAGUCUGGACAGGCCCUGCUGGCUGCUGCUCAUUACGCCUCUGAUGAGGUGAAGGAGAAGCUGAGCAUCCUGUCAGAGGAGAGGACGGCCCUGCUGGAGCUGUGGGAGCUACGCCGGCAGCAGUACGAGCAGUGCAUGGACCUGCAGCUCUUCUACCGCGACACCGAGCAGGUGGACAACUGGAUGAGCAAGCAGGAGGCAUUCCUGCUGAAUGAGGACUUGGGCGACUCCUUGGACAGCGUGGAAGCCCUGCUCAAGAAGCACGAGGACUUCGAGAAGUCCCUCAGCGCCCAGGAGGAGAAGAUCACUGCAUUAGAUGAAUUUGCAACUAAGCUGAUUCAGAACAACCACUACGCGAUGGAAGACGUGGCCACACGCCGAGACGCUCUGUUGAGCCGCCGCAACGCCCUGCACGAGCGAGCCAUGUGCCGCCGGGCCCAGUUGGCUGACUCCUUCCACCUGCAGCAGUUUUUCCGCGACUCAGAUGAGCUCAAGAGUUGGGUCAAUGAGAAGAUGAAAACCGCCACAGACGAAGCCUACAAGGACCCGUCCAACCUGCAGGGCAAAGUUCAGAAGCAUCAGGCUUUUGAGGCUGAGCUCUCAGCAAACCAGAGCCGCAUUGACGCCCUGGAGAAGGCUGGGCAGAAGCUGAUUGACGUCGACCACUAUGCCAAGGAGGAAGUUGCAGCUCGUAUGAACGAAGUCAUCAGCUUGUGGAAGAAGCUGCUAGAAGCCACUGAACUAAAAGGAAUAAAGCUUCGUGAAGCUAACCAGCAGCAGCAGUUUAAUCGCAACGUAGAGGACAUCGAGCUGUGGCUGUAUGAAGUGGAAGGCCACUUGGCUUCUGACGACUACGGCAAAGACCUCACCAACGUCCAGAACCUCCAGAAGAAGCAUGCCCUGCUGGAGGCCGACGUGGCUGCGCACCAGGACCGAAUUGAUGGCAUCACCAUUCAGGCCCGCCAGUUCCAGGAUGCUGGCCAUUUUGAUGCUGAAAACAUCAAGAAGAAGCAGGAAGCCCUCGUGGCUCGCUACGAGGCUCUCAAGGAACCCAUGGUGGCCCGAAAGCAGAAACUGGCUGAUUCCCUGCGGCUGCAGCAGCUCUUCCGUGACGUGGAAGACGAGGAGACGUGGAUUCGCGAAAAGGAACCCAUUGCGGCAUCGACCAACAGAGGCAAGGACCUGAUCGGAGUCCAGAAUCUGCUGAAGAAGCAUCAGGCCUUGCAGGCCGAGAUCGCCGGGCACGAGCCCCGCAUCAAAGCUGUCACCCAGAAGGGCACUGCCAUGGUGGAGGAGGGCCAUUUUGCUGCGGAGGAUGUGAAGGCCAAGCUCAACGAGCUGAACCACAAGUGGGAGGCGCUGAAAGCCAAGGCCUCACAGCGGCGGCAGGACCUGGAGGACUCGCUGCAGGCCCAGCAGUACUUCGCUGACGCCAACGAGGCCGAGUCCUGGAUGCGGGAGAAGGAGCCCAUCGUGGGCAGCACGGACUAUGGCAAGGACGAGGACUCUGCCGAGGCUCUACUCAAGAAGCACGAGGCCCUGCUGUCUGACCUCAGCGCCUACGGCAGCAGCAUCCAGGCCCUGCGAGAGCAGGCUCAAGCUUGCCGGCAACAAGUGGCCCCCAUGGAUGAUGAGACUGGCAAGGAGCUGGUCUUGGCUCUGUAUGACUAUCAGGAGAAGAGCCCUCGGGAGGUGACCAUGAAGAAGGGUGACAUCCUCACCCUGCUCAACAGCACCAACAAGGACUGGUGGAAAGUGGAAGUGAAUGACCGUCAGGGUUUUGUGCCUGCUGCGUAUGUGAAGAAGUUGGACCCCGCGCAGUCAGCUUCCCGGGAGAACCUUCUGGAGGAGCAAGGCAGCAUUGCACUGCGGCAGGAGCAGAUUGACAAUCAGACACGCCUUACUAAGGAGGCCGGCAGUGUAUCUCUGCGUAUGAAACAGGUGGAAGAACUGUACCACUCUCUGCUGGAGCUAGGGGAGAAGCGCAAAGGCAUGUUGGAGAAGAGCUGCAAGAAGUUCAUGCUGUUCCGUGAAGCCAGUGAGCUGCAGCAGUGGAUCAACGAGAAGGAGGCUGCUCUGACAAGCGAGGAGGUCGGUGCAGACCUGGAGCAGGUGGAGGUGCUGCAGAAGAAGUUUGAUGACUUCCAGAAGGACCUGAAGGCCAACGAGUCCCGCCUGAAGGACAUCAAUAAGGUGGCCGAGGACCUGGAGUCGGAAGGCCUGAUGGUGGAGGAGGUGCAGGCGGUACAGCAGCAGGAGAUGUACGGCGCGAUGCCCAGGGAUGAAGGGGAUUCAAAAACGGCCUCCCCAUGGAAGUCUGCGCGUAUGAUGGUUCACACCGUGGCCACCUUCAACUCCAUCAAGGAACUCAACGAGCGCUGGCGGUCCCUGCAGCAGCUGGCUGAGGAGCGGAGCCAGCUCCUGGGCAGUGCCCACGAAGUGCAGAGGUUCCACAGAGAUGCCGACGAAACCAAAGAAUGGAUUGAAGAGAAGAAUCAGGCACUAAAUACAGACAACUACGGCCAUGACCUGGCCAGUGUCCAGGCCCUACAGCGCAAGCACGAGGGCUUUGAGAGGGACCUCGCAGCCCUUGGUGACAAGGUGAACUCCCUUGGGGAGACGGCCGAGCGCCUGAUCCAGUCGCACCCCGAGUCGGCAGAUGACUUGCGGGAGAAGUGCACGGAGCUCAACCAGGCAUGGAGCAGCCUGGGCAAGCGCGCUGACCAGCGAAAGGCCAAGCUCGGUGACUCUCAUGACCUGCAGCGCUUCCUCAGUGACUUCCGGGACCUCAUGUCUUGGAUCAAUGGAAUCCGGGGCCUGGUGUCCUCUGACGAGCUUGCCAAGGAUGUCACUGGAGCAGAGGCCCUGCUGGAACGGCACCAGGAACACCGGACAGAAAUCGAUGCCAGGGCCGGCACUUUCCAGGCAUUUGAGCAGUUUGGGCAGCAGCUGUUGGCUCGAGGGCACUAUGCCAGCCCUGAGAUCAAGGAGAAACUCGAUAUCCUUGACCAGGAGCGGGCAGACCUGGAGAAGGCCUGGGCACAGCGCAGGAUGAUGCUGGACCACUGCCUAGAGCUGCAGCUGUUUCAUCGUGACUGUGAGCAAGCCGAGAACUGGAUGGCUGCCCGGGAGGCUUUCCUGAGCACCGAGGACAAGGGGGACUCGCUGGACAGCGUGGAGGCGCUGAUCAAAAAGCACGAGGACUUCGACAGAGCCAUCAACGUGCAGGAAGAGAAGAUUGCCGCGCUGCAGGCCUUUGCCGACCAGCUCAUUGCUGCAGGCCACUACGCCAAAGGCGACAUCGCGAGCCGGCGCAAUGAGGUUUUAGACAGGUGGCGACGUCUGAAGGCCCAGAUGAUCGAGAAGAGAUCCAAGCUUGGGGAGUCUCAGACCCUGCAGCAGUUCAGCCGGGACGUGGAUGAGAUUGAGGCCUGGAUCAGUGAGAAGCUGCAGACAGCCAGCGAUGAGUCCUACAAAGACCCCACCAACAUCCAGCUUUCCAAGCUGCUGAGCAAGCACCAGAAGCACCAGGCCUUCGAGGCGGAGCUGCACGCCAAUGCUGACCGGAUCCGUGGCGUCAUUGAUACAGGCAACUCCCUGAUUGAGCGCGGGGCCUGUGCGGGCAGCGAAGACGCCGUCAAGGCCCGCCUGGCUGCCCUGGCUGACCAGUGGCAGUUCCUGGUGCAGAAGUCUGCUGAGAAGAGCCAGAAACUGAAAGAAGCCAAUAAGCAACAGAACUUCAACACGGGCAUCAAAGACUUCGACUUCUGGCUCUCUGAGGUGGAGGCCCUCCUGGCGUCAGAAGAUUACGGCAAAGACCUGGCCUCGGUGAACAACCUGCUGAAAAAACAUCAGCUGCUGGAGGCAGACAUUUCUGCUCACGAGGACCGCCUGAAGGACCUCAACAGCCAAGCCGACAGCCUGAUGACCAGCAGUGCCUUCGACACCUCCCAGGUGAAAGACAAACGCGACGCCAUCAACGGGCGCUUCCAGAAGAUCAAGAACAUGGCGGCCUCGCGGCGAGCCAAGCUCAACGAGUCCCACCGCCUGCACCAGUUCUUCCGAGACAUGGACGACGAGGAGUCCUGGAUCAAGGAGAAGAAGCUGCUGGUUAGCUCCGAGGACUACGGCCGCGACCUGACAGGCGUUCAGAACCUCAGGAAGAAGCACAAGCGGCUGGAGGCGGAGCUGGCUGCACACGAGCCAGCCAUUCAGGGUGUGCUGGACACUGGGAGGAAGCUGUCCGAUGACAACACCAUUGGCAAGGAGGAGAUCCAGCAGCGGCUGGCCCAGUUCCUGGAGCACUGGCAGGAGCUCAAGCAGCUGGCGGCCGCCCGGGGCCAGCGGCUGGAAGAGUCCCUGGAGUAUCAGCAGUUCGUGGCCAACGUGGAAGAGGAGGAGGCCUGGAUCAAUGAGAAAAUGACGCUGGUGGCGAGCGAGGAUUAUGGAGACACGCUGGCCGCUAUCCAGGGCUUGCUCAAGAAGCACGAAGCGUUCGAGACAGACUUCACUGUGCACAAGGACCGCGUGAAUGACGUCUGUGCCAACGGGCAGGACCUUGUUAAGAAGAACAAUCACCAUGAAGAGAACAUCUCAGCCAAGAUGAGGGGCCUGAGCGGGAGGGUGUCGGAGCUGGAGCGAGCGGCGGCCCGGCGCAAGGCCAAGCUGGACGAGAACUCAGCCUUCCUGCAGUUCAACUGGAAGGCUGAUGUCGUGGAAUCCUGGAUCGGUGAGAAGGAGAACAGCCUGAAGACAGACGAUUAUGGCCGCGACCUGUCCUCCGUGCAGACACUGCUCACCAAACAGGAGACUUUCGAUGCUGGCCUGCAGGCCUUCCAGCAGGAGGGCAUCGCCAACAUCACAGCCCUCAAGGACCAGCUGCUGGCUGCCAAACACGUGCAGUCCAAGGCCAUCGAGGCCAGGCACGCUGCCCUCAUGAAGCGGUGGAGCCAGCUCCUGGCCAACUCGGCCACGCGGAAGAAGAAGCUGCUGGAGGCGCAGAGCCACUUCCGCAAGGUAGAGGACCUCUUCCUGACCUUUGCCAAGAAGGCGUCGGCCUUCAACAGCUGGUUCGAGAAUGCCGAGGAGGACCUGACCGACCCGGUACGCUGCAACUCCCUGGAGGAGAUCAAGGCCUUGCGUGAGGCCCAUGACGCCUUCCGCUCUUCGCUCAGUUCCGCCCAGGCUGACUUCAACCAGCUGGCCGAGCUGGACCGCCAGAUCAAGAGCUUCCGCGUGGCCUCCAACCCCUACACGUGGUUCACCAUGGAGGCGCUGGAGGAGACCUGGAGGAACCUGCAGAAGAUCAUCAAGGAGCGGGAGCUGGAGCUGCAGAAGGAGCAGCGGCGGCAAGAGGAGAAUGACAAACUACGCCAGGAGUUCGCCCAGCACGCCAAUGCCUUCCACCAGUGGAUCCAGGAGACCAGGACAUAUCUCCUCGAUGGCAUAGCGUAUCGUCGGGUCAUUCGUGUCUAUCAGUAUGAAGUUGGGGAUGACCUGUCUGGAAGGUCCUGCAUGGUGGAGGAAUCGGGAACCCUGGAGUCCCAGCUUGAAGCAACCAAACGCAAGCACCAGGAGAUCCGAGCCAUGAGAAGCCAGCUCAAGAAGAUCGAGGACCUGGGGGCGGCCAUGGAGGAGGCCCUCAUCCUGGACAACAAGUACACGGAGCACAGCACCGUGGGCCUGGCGCAGCAGUGGGACCAGCUGGACCAGCUGGGCAUGCGCAUGCAGCACAACCUGGAGCAGCAGAUCCAGGCCAGAAACACCACGGGCGUGACCGAGGAGGCCCUCAAGGAGUUCAGCAUGAUGUUCAAACACUUCGACAAGGACAAGUCCGGCCGAUUGAACCACCAGGAGUUCAAAUCCUGCCUGCGCUCCCUGGGCUACGACCUGCCCAUGGUGGAGGAAGGGGAGCCAGACCCCGAGUUCGAGGCAAUCCUGGACACGGUGGAUCCCAACAGGGAUGGGCACGUCUCCCUGCAAGAAUACAUGGCGUUCAUGAUCAGCCGGGAGACCGAGAACGUCAAGUCCAGCGAGGAGAUCGAGAGCGCCUUCCGGGCCCUCAGCGCCGAGGGAAAGCCCUACGUGACCAAGGAGGAGCUCUACCAGAACCUGACCCGGGAACAAGCCGACUACUGCGUGUCCCACAUGAAGCCCUAUGUGGACGGCAAGGGCCGCGAGCUGCCCACCGCCUUCGACUAUGUCGAAUUUACUCGCUCGCUCUUUGUCAACUGAGCCUUGGCCCAACGCCCACCUGCGCCGCCCGCCCGCUGCAUGUCCGUCCGCCCUGCAGGGUUGCCUGUGCCAUAGCCAUGCACCUGCUUAGCUUGGGUAAGGCAGUAGAUGUGCUUCUAUGAACCGCUUCCGGUCCCCUCAGCCCCCUGCUGCAGGGGCCCGUGUCUCCGGCCCUGCCGUCAUUCCAACCAGAAACCUCGGCAGCGGCUGCACCCUCGUUCCCCACCUCCCCCUGCACCGUUUCCACGUGAAAAAUAAAAGACUCAACA